AUGUCUAAUUUUUAUUUAAACAAAAAUAAUUCUGAAAUUCAAGAAAUUUCAGAAAAUAAUCUUUUAGAAAAUGAAACUUGGACUGAAGAAGAACUUUCUAAAUUUAAAAUUUUAUAUUAUAAAACAAAAGAUAUUUUAGAAAAACAUGAUGAUGAUAAUCAAAAAUUAGAAGAAGAAAUUAAUUUAUUACAAAAUAAUGAAUUUAAAAAAUCCUUUGAUAAACAAUGUUGUGAAAAAAAUUGUUUACAAACUCAAUGUGAUUAUUCAGUAGCUUUAUUACGAUAUUCUAAUUUUAAAAAUCUUUCUAAAUCUUUUCAAGAUAUGUAUUUAUUAGGAAAAUUAAUUUGUUUAAAUGCUUUUAAAACAAUUUAUGGACUUGGAGAAAAAAGAUGGAAAAAUUUAAGAGAACAUUUUGUAGAAAAUGAUAUUAAUUUAAGAAAAGAUUCUAAAAUAGGAAAAGUAAGUAAUCAAGCAAUAUCAUUUGAAGUAGUAAUGAAUGUUAUUACUUUUAUAGCAAAUUAUGCAAAACAAAAUGGUUUGCCAUCUCCAGGUCGAAGUUUUCAUGAUAAUACUAGUAUAAUUAUUUAUUUACCAGCAGAUAUAACUUAUUCAUCUUUGCAUGUUCAAUAUUUAGAAGCAAUUAAAAACAAUAAUCAAUAUGGAGUAGCUUUAACAACAUUUAAUAGAAUUUGGAAAAAAUUUUUACCACAUAUUAAAAAAUUAACUCCUAAAAGUGAUUUAUGUUUAAAAUAUAAAGAUAUGCGAUUUAAUGCUAAUUAUUGGACUAUUGAAGAAAAAGAAAUUAAAGUAUUAGAAUGA